AUGUCGUCUUUGCAGACCAUGACUGCGCCAGCGGUGGGCCACCGCCCCCCCGAUCCUGGCAUUGACAUGGACAACAAGAAGAGCCCCGUGGAGGAUGUGCAGAACCAUCCCUACAACCAUAAAGAAGGAGCCGUCAGGCAUGACGCCGGUUGGCCUGCGAAAGCCAAUGGAGAAGAAGACGAAGUUGCCGUGCCGGACAACGACAACCCUGCCACGGAGACAGAACCACCAACGAGGACACAAAAGAAUGAAGACGGAAACCCUCACGCGGAAGAAGAAAAGCAAUCCGCGGCCACCUCUCUACUCGCUCAACUACUGGGGAAUGCGCAACCCGCGGCACCUUCCACUCCCGACAAUCUUCCUCAAACGCCCAUGCCGGAACCUUUGACGGACGUAUCGACCCCCGUCGCGCCACAUGAGGACUCUUCUAGGGCUGAAGCAGACUUUACCAAAACUCAUGGUGUGAUUGAAGUGCAUAAAGCAAGUGACCUUGUUUCCGGCCAGAAGAAAGAGACGAUAGAUACUGUGCAAGACAAGAACAAUUCAGUACUAGAACCUGCAGCCGCAGUUCUAGAAGAGACUUCGCAAAUCCCUGACAUGGUGUCUGGAGUAAUGGAAGAUCCGCUCUCGAAGUCUGUCCUCGAACAGAAUGGCCUUUUUCCACCUUUCGACCACGAAGCUAGCAUGAAGAAUGGCCUGGGCUCUCUUCAACAGCAAGAUACGUUCGCCAAUACCUUCUUGGCUCAGGAGAUCGGCAUGUCGGGUCUUCCUGAUAUGUCUGGUUACACGAGCUCCUACAAUGACGUUGCUGCAUCCAUAUCUGGCUCCGAACCGCGCAUCCAGGCUUUUGCAAAACUCGAGUUCGAUGAUGGCCAUUUCUAUGUCAAUACCUAUUCAUUCAUUCUUGGUCGAGAUGUGCGCGCCGCACGUGCUGCUCACCAACGGGAUAUACAAGUACGACAGGCAAUGGGAAGACCGUCUAAGAACAAAAGCUCUAGUGGUGGCAAUACAUCGCACACACCUAAUCGAGUCAAGAGAGACGGCAGCGCGUACAUGGGAAGCGUGGUCAGCGACCGAGGGGGCAUUAUGGGCUUCGAUCCCGAUGUCCCUCAUCACAUGAAUCAAAGGAGUCGCAAGUCCUCUGUCUCAUCCCAACCGGAAUCUGCUCUGCAUGCAACCCCGGCACAGUUGCAGACUAAUCACACCGACUACAAUGCCCUCGCUAUGCAAUCACUAUAUGAUGCUAGCGGCGAGGCAAAGCCUGUGGAUACAUUGGCCUUGCUACCUUCUCCCGAUGCGUGUCCGACUAUUCCUAUUCACCCUCCAGCAACAGCAGAUGGCAGCGCGGCUGGUCACAAAGGAAUUUCCCGGAAACACGUGAAGAUAUCGUACAACUUCGACAAGAACCUGUUUGAAAUGGAGGUUAUGGGUCGAAAUGGUGCAUUCAUUGGUGCUGAUUGGCUUGCUCCUGGGCAACUCAGACCUCUCCACAGUGGUGAUUACAUCCAAAUAGGAGGCGUUCGGAUUAGAUUUCUCCUCCCAGACGUUCCUAUUGGAGAAACGGGUGCCGACCGACUCGAGGAUACUUUUAUGGAAGAAGAUGGUACCAUUUUGUCAGGCGAGAUUGGCCAGGAUUUGACUGGCGACGUAGAUGCCAUGGAUGAAUCCGAUGAGGAGAGCCCGGACGGUACACAGAAGUCCAGGGUUACGAAACUGGUCUUAAAAACGAAAUCGCCUGGUGAUCCUUCCAAUGAAACACCAACAACACCAGUGGACGGUCCCGAGACGCCGCAGCCAAAGCGUCGAGGACCAGGACGUCCUCCAAAGGACGGUAUUAUGUCUAAACGUGAACGCGCUGAACUUGCGAGAGAACAGAAAAUGGCAGCCAAACGGGAAGCAAAUGGUGGUGUUACCCCACCACCAUCGAAUCGUAUCAAACCUCCUAAACCACGUAAGGAAGACUCAGUCGAGGAAGUUUCAAAGCAGCCAGAGAAAAAGAAAUUCGCGAAGCGGAAACAACCUGAUGGAACUUAUAUCGAUGUUCCUAUUGAGUCUAUCGAAGAUGGCGAGCAACUUCCACCCGAUCAGGUGGUGGAAUACCCAAAACCACCCCCCAAGAAGCGCAAACCCUCUCGAUCGCCAUCUCCUGACUAUCCUCCAGAAUCUUCUUACACUCAGGACCAACUGGCGAAGCCGCCAUACAAUUAUGCUGUUCUCAUUUUCGAUGCUCUGACCGAAGCGCAUGCACCGAUGACACUGAAGCAAAUAUACCGUGCUCUGAAGUUGAAAUAUCCAUAUUUCAGGUUCAAGUGCGAAACGGAGGGCUGGACUUCCAGUGUCCGUCACAACCUUAACGGAAAUAGGCAGCUAUUUGAACACGCAGAGCGAGAUGGAAAAGGUUGGUCGUGGCAGCUUCGAGCUGGAGCAUCUGUCGAAAAGGAGAAGAAAAGAAGACCCUCACCGCCGCCUCCAUCAACACAUCUCCCUCAACCUUCUCACCAACACAACAUACCUUCGCAAAACCAUCAUUAUUCAAGCCAGGGAGUUCCCCAUCAUCAACAAUUUCAAUUCUCAUCGGUGCCUACGAAUAAUUACAACCCACCCCCGCCUAUUUCCCAGCCGAAUACCUACCGGCCUCCUCCUGCUCCUCCUCCUCCACCCCCAUCUCAAUCAUCUUUACCACCUCCGUUACGCAGCCUCAAUAUUCCUGGAGCUUUGGCUCCAACUGGAUCUUCAACCUAUGUUUCACCCUAUUCCUGUCCACUGCCUCCUGAAAUAGCCCAGCUUCAGCAGUCACAACAGCUACCGCCGCAACCGACAAUGCAACAACAAAGGCAGCCUGACCAAGCGCCACCUCCAUCUCAAGAACCACCACAAGCCUCACAUCAUCAUCAACAACCAUACCAAAAUACAAUGCAACCUAGCCCUACAGUCUCUAACCAGCAGCCAAUCAUGAACCAGACCGAGGAGCCUGAAUCUUCAGCAUCCUUUCUGGAGCGGGCGAACAAAGCAAUUGAUGAUUUCGAAGCUUUACUGAUGGAGGAUUAUGACGAUAAAGAUUACAUCCGAGAAGUGUUGAAGAGCGCCCGAGCUCGUGCAUUAGGGCACGCAAAAGAGAGCUCGUUUGCGGAUGGAGAACCCAAAGACGAAGCUGUUCUGCUGAAUGCUAUACGGGAUCUCAUCGAAAGCUUGAAGAGUAAUACUUCUUGA